AUGUUGCAUUACAUUCAGUUACUUGGCUCUGACACGCCGAACGGGUACGGUGGAUGCUGCUACUACGGUCCACUUGAUCAUCCUGCUCUCCAUGAGUCUACCCUUUCCUCUGCAGCGGGGUCGGCUUCGCCUACAGGGGAGGUGCCGCCAGCCUCAAGGCACAGCUAUGCUGUUGAUGCCACAGCGAUCGUUCCCGCUCCUACGCUCGUGCCAUCGGUGAACGCCAGUGCCCACGAAACGCUCCACCAGCCCUCUCCGACUGGUGAGGUAGCCGAGUCUGCGGUGCCCGCAUCGUGGAACUGGUCCUCAUACCUAACGGCGAAGCGACCAACGUGGCCGCGAGCUGGUCCAUUCCACGCGGCCACGCUCCUACGCCCGCAGCCACCAUCACCAUCAGCGGUAGCGACGGGGCCAGGACCGCAAUUGACGGCAGACACCGGUUUCAGCGGCAGCGAGGGUUACAUUUUCUUCAACUGCCCAGAGGGGACACAGCGGUUUAGCUCGGAGGCGAACAUUAAACUCAAGAAGGUGCGGGGCUUCUUCUUCACGCGGUGGAGCAGCUCGAAGACUGCGGUGUCUCCGCUCCCGUCCGGCAAUGUCGCCAGCUCCGUCGAGGAUGAGCAGCACGGCAGCGCAUCAGCAGACGCCGUCGCCGCUCCCGUAGACACGACGGCGUUGGAGAUGCCUGUCGGUGCGGCGUCAGCAGUGAUGGGGUUGCCUGGCAUGCUCUUCACCAUCAACGAUGCCGGUGCACGACAUGCCACAUUCUUCGGCCCAAGUGCGGCUCUGGAUGGUUCACCGAAGCCCGCUCAUAUGGAGGGCGUCACGCGGGCGGGUGCGCGCAACGGCGAUGGUGGUAGCGAGCCUCACAACUUCAAGAGUGAGCAUGCUAAUGCACACGCUUGCGGAUCUCCUUGGACUGGCGACUCAGCGGCGACUUCAUCAACGAGCUGCUCAGCGGUUGCUGCGUCAGGGGCGCAGCUGCCGUCGCCACUGUCGUCGGCUGGUCUGCGCGGCUUCCUGACGGCUCUACGCUUCCACUACUUCCAGUACCGACCUAUGGUCUUCCGGCAGCUCCACGGAUUGGUGCGAAAUGCGACGGAUCAAGCUGCCAUCGCCGGCCCCCGUGUCGACGCCACGAGCGCGGCUGCAGUCGUCGGGAACAACCAGUUGCACUUUGUGGAGACGGUGGGGGAGCCGACAGCGUCACGCGGCGCGCAACAGGAGAAGCCGCUGACGGGGCUGGCGCCUUUCGUUCAUGCAACACUGCCGCUCAGCCCGCAGAGUCUGCUUGUGGCGUUUCGCGUAUCGGGUGGCCGCAGAGGUGGCGAGAGCGAAGGCGCAACAGCUGCUGCGGCUGCGGGCAAUGCGAUGAUGAGCCUUUUACAGCCGAAGUCUCCGUCCGCCAUGGCGGAAGACGAGCAACAGCGUCAUCAGCUGCAUCAAGCGUACUUUGCAGGGCAUACGGAGAGAGGGGACCAGAGCGCAGACGCGGAUACGGCAGCGUCGAUGGCGUCCUUCACCGCCCCAACGAGCUAUGAUGUCGUCUUUAGCUACGCGAUCAUUGUGGCGCCAGGCUCGAGCUUCGACGCCGCCAAGGCGCGCGCGCUAGGUGUCCGCUCGGGCCCCAAGUACGGCCAGCUCAAGCUGGGGAUGUCCGUGGAGGCAGACAUGGAUGCGGGGGUGGCGGACACGUCCGCCGCGUCCAUGCCGCCUUCGCAGAAUGCCACCUUUUCCUUUGGGCGCACCAACGACCAAUCACCUACCCCAACGCAACGCUGGGUGCAACCUCAUCAGGUGAUGCGGCCCACCGUGGCAACGAGGCACACAUACAUCUCGCUUGUGCUGGACGGUGAUCGACCUGAGGAUGUACGAGAGGCAGUCACCCGGCUGCUAGGCAGCGCCGUCGGGGACGGUGGGGGAUCGCCUUCGAGGAGCUCGGCUGCCGCGUGCGAAGAGACUGAGGAGGACGACAAGCCCUGCCACAACGCUGCAGUAGGGGAGCAUGGCGAUGGGGUGCUGCAGCGGCUGCUGCGCGAGCACUUUCCUCACCUCGCGUACUACUACGAAGAGGACGAUGUGGUGGGCGAAGGGACGGCGGCAGCUCCGCCUCAUUUACAGGAGCCACGUCUGAGGCGACGACCGCGUCAGCUUGCGGUGCGACACGUCGUCCACGUGCAGCCCACGUCGUACUUUGCUCAGUUUGAGCGUCGCUGCCGUCACAACGCGCUGCUCUGUUCGCCAUUCUUGCGUGAGGACAGGGCUCAGGCGCAGCCGAAGACACUGCCGCCGUCGCUGCACCGCGAAGCUGGCGCACCCUGCGUCUACGCCGCCUACAACGCGUACAUAUUCGCGGAUGUAGCUGCCCAGCACGAUCCGCUUCAUCAUCAUCUGAGCGUCUACGCCGCAGCGGAUCACUGCGAAGAGGAGGCGGUGGCGGCGAGGGUGGAGGCGGGUGGUGACGCGGUCGUGACGAAGAACAUAUCUUCGCCGCCGCGACAGAACUCUUCUAGAUCUCUCUCAGCGGUGCAGCUAUCGCUGGCCCCGUCGCUGUCUUUCACUCUUGACGACAUAGUCGACAUUGCUGAUGGUGACGUGGAGAUGGGCGAUAGCGGAGAGCGCGAGAGCGGCUCUACGCGGAUUGGGGAGGGGCACCGGUGCCACCCGCCGCCGCCGCUGCUGCACGGGACUCCUUCGGGGACAGGACUGCCACGGCACAAGACAUGGCAUCUGUUCACCAGCUACGUGCAGCGGCACUUCACAGCCUUCCCAACGGCGCUCGUUCACCGCUAUCAUCUACACCACCUCGCGCCUUCUCUCUUUCCUAUCGUGGAGGCGACAGCGCUGACGCAAAGAGCUGGCGGUGCCGGCAACGUCACUGAGGAUAGCGCAGCUCGUAGCGGCACAGCAGUAGGGGCUGCUAUCUCCACGGAGGCUUCCGGCAGCGGUAGUGCGGUGCGCGCGCAGCGCGCAAAGCCAAACGUCCCGAACUCGAGUAGCCCCUCUGCAGAUGACAUUGCGGAGUACUGGCCGUACUCGCUGAAACUGCGGUGCAUUCCUGAGGCGACGCUGCAGCUGCCUUACAAACGGAACGCCACAGCGAAGAAGGUUGCCCAAGCACAGCAGGGGGCAGAGAUGGCAGGGUCGGUGCGGCAGGCACCAUCAACCGUCAAGGCUUCUUUGGGCCACGAUGUUGCUACUACUGCUGCUGCUGCUGUUCCCUCCCCUCACUUGCCAGCUCCUCGCAAGCGUGAGCGGCAGGUGAACUCGGGCCGUGAUUCUGCGUCAGCACCGGCUUGGACCCUGCAUGCUAGUGGUUCCUCUUCGACAGCAACUGCAGCGACUCCAAGAGUGCUACCACCAUCAGCAGCAGCUCGCACUCGGCCUCCUUCAGCACCGCCGCGCCGAGUUGCUGUCGUGGAUGGAGUCGCGUCGUUGCUGCCAUACCCUACGCCAGCCUCUUCGCUGGCCCUUCUCUCCAACACGUUUCUAUGCUCACUCAGGACCCGUUCUGCUGCUGCUGCUGCAGCGGUUGGAGAAGCACCUGCGACAUCCUCGACGUCGACGGAGAGUCGUGAGGACAGACACGGUGGCUUCGCAGCUCUGCAACAGCGCGUGGACGUGGCCAGCACUGGUAUAAGCGAUAUGGGUGGUGGCGCACUGGGCUUUCUCGGCACCGGCUCUGCUGUUCCCAGCAAGUACCGAAACGUGAGUGGCACCUUCCUCGAGUUGCACCUUCCCGCUUACUGCUUCCCGGGAGGGGACUGCCCUGCCAAGCCUCUUCUUCACGCUGAUGAUAGCGCCCAUACCUCGGGAGCUGCAGCGGUAAUCACAGAGGAUACACCGUCGGCGACAUAUGCCAGGCUCCCCGCGGGGGAGGCCACAUGCGCGUGGUGUGAAGGUGAUGCCGUACUUAGUUUUGACUCGGCCGACUCCUCCGCGUGUUCUCGCGGCCCCGCCCCAGCUCGCAUCGAUGGCUCACAGAAGACUGCGCCACGGCGCUGGUCGUCAGCACCGCUGACAAUGGGUUCGCAGCAACUUCGACGUGGGGUGGUUAUCCUGGACUUUGGCGAGGGCAGUGCCGGGCAGCUCGCCUCCUUAUGCGGACGAGUCCGUGGCGGUAGCGCAUGUGGUCAGCGUCCGCCUAGCUGCACCUUGUCUACGUCACCGCUGCACGCCACACUUGACGGCUAUCAGAGGAACAGCAGGGACCGGCGCGAGGGUGCCGGCGACCACGCGGGAGAUGAAGGGACCAGCACGUCCUUUCCCCACGCAGUCUCCGCCGAGAAUUUCACGGAGUUCGAGGAUGAUGCGGACGCGCGUCUUGGGCAGUUUGUGCUGGACAUUGUGCUCGUCUUCAUAUCACACGCCCACGCCGAUCACCACCUUGGCCUCAUGUCCCUCCUCACACUGCGCCAUGAAUACCUCCAACGCAGCCCAUCCGCGUUGCCGCCGGCGCCAAGGCUACUUGUCGUGUGCCCGACAGAGGUCUACGCGUUCAUGAUGGACGCCUGGGGCAGCACGCCACCCUACACGACAUGGCUUCAUAAAGAGUGCGUCUUCGAUCUGAUGCCGCCACCGGUCAGCGCCCUUCGCAAGGAGGGGCGGUGGCCCGACGCGCUGGCAGCAGAAGAGGGCGAUGCUGCGCCGCACGCGCGACAGGAAAAGCGCCAAACGUUCACCGCCGUGGCGGACAACAGCGUUCUAGACAGUGCGGUUGGCACGGAGGGCGACCGAGACGCUGUCGGUGAUGGCGGUGUAGACUCACGUCGUGCUGCAUCAUUCACGCAUCGAUUCUGUCACGCUCCUCACGCCUCCAACAACCAGCCAGAGCAGCAGCAUGUUGUACCGAUGCCGCUGCUGCAAGCGCACCUCAUUGCGUGGAACCAGGCCAUCGCAGUCGCCACCCAGCACCACCAGCGGCAGCCCCUCUCCGCCUCGCCCCUGCCAUCUUCCUCUGAACCGCUGGCAGACACCUCUGUAACGGCAGCGGCAGCGUCGGUGAAGGGCAACGUCUGGUGGGACGCAGAGGUGAUCACCGUGGAUCAUCCCGCUAACGCACAUGCGCUUCUCUUGCGUUUUCCCUUCUGCUCAUCGAUGGGGAAGGAGCAGGGCGAGCACUGCGUGUGUGGCGAGGGGACGGAGGACGGCGGACCCCUCAUGGCCAACCCAGACGCGGCUGAGGCUGCGACUGGGCGACAGCGCGACCAAGAGCUGGUCUCUCGUGUCCCGGACAGCUCUCGUGUGUUGCUCUUCUCAGGUGACACACGCCCGUCGUCCUUCUUGGUAGAGCGCAGUUGGGCCUUUGCCGCGUCGGCGCAGAGUCGGCUGCCAGGGUGCGCGGACUCCACCGAACUCACUCGUCAGGAUGGGCUCGUGUCUGACGAAGCCGACUCAGGCAGCGCUUCUGAGGUGGGGAGGGCGGCCCUCGUGGCGAAGGUGAACGCUAGCGGUAGCAUCGGUAGGAUUCGAGGAACAGCGUUAGCGCGAUCGCCUACUUCGACGCCGCCGCCGAUGUCUUCACCGGUCUUCAUCCUCUUGCACGAGGCGACGUUUGGGCCCGGGUUCGAAGGCGAGGCGGUUCGCAAGAAACACUCGACGCUUCCUGAGGCACUCCGCAUCGGCGUUGCGGUGCGGGCAGAGUUCAUUGUCUUGAAUCACUUCUCGCAGCGCUACCCAAAGCUGCCAGGCUUGUCAGAGGAGCAGUUGGGCGGACGGUCGGCGGACCUCGUCUGCCAACGCCGCACGCGAGCCUCCGCUGCGGUGGCCGCGACAUCAGCGGUGACUGCUGCGGAGACAGGAAACCCUGCCGACCAUGUCAGCGGCGGCCUAGCGAGCACAAGUGCGCCAAGGUCAAGCAGCCCCGGCGAACAGCAGAUGCUGGCAGGAAAAGCUUCAUCAACGGCUUCGCGGCAGGAUGGCGGCCGCAGCAAGUGGGAGUGGGAUGCUGAGCAGACAGCGGACGCAAGACAGCCACUGCCGCCGCCACUCACCGUUACGGACGACGCAGCCGCAUUGCCUUAUGCGAACAUGUCCUUCGCCUUCGAUCUUAUGUUUGUGUCUUUCAGCGACAUGCAGCGCGGCCUCGUGCCGCGACUCACACCGACACUCGUGCGGCUGCUGGAGGAGUACGACUCGUGGGGCAGCGGCACGACGCAGCGGAUGCGCAGCGGCGGAGGUGGUGGUGAUGGUGGUGGUCGUCGUCCGCAGAAGCCGCAGCAGUCGCCCGCUACUCCAUCAACGACGGCUUCAAGUGCGCCAGCGGGUAUCGACGGCAACACGAGCAGUGCAGCAGCGCAGAUGGCGGCUUACGGGGAGUCGGCGUAA